UGCAUGCAUACGUAUCCGUGUAACCACCAAAGCGCAUGCCUCGAUGAUCGCCUCGUGGAGAAGCCAAUCGGCCAGAGAUCCGGGCUGUACAAUCACUGAUAGUGACUGCCAGCCAGCCAGCCAGCCAGCCAGCCAGCUAGCAUACCCCUCAGCAGAUACCGACCUCACAGGGAUAAAUAGGCAGGAAAGGAAGGGCUCGGAGUAAGCCCAACAGACCAUGAACCCUUCCCGACCAUGAACCCCAAAGUGCUCUGGCCUAAACGGCCCAGUCCCCUUCUCUAUCAACUCCUCACACCUCCCACCACUGCUCUAUCGUCAUCAACCCCUGCCCAACAUGUCCCUUUCCCACCGCCCAGUCCGACACCAAAGACCCCGCCGCUCUCCGCCCUCCCGACAAAGGCCUUCCUCCGCUCCCUCCUCUUCACCUCCGUGAUGGCAUCGCCUCUCAUGAUGCCCUGUCUCUCCAUUCUCAAAUCCAUGGUCGACUCCCAGUCCAUCCUGCUCAGUCCCGCCAAGAACCCCCUGGUCAACUACCUCCUCCGCCGAACCGUCUACGACCACUUCUGCGCUGGUGUCAACGAGACCGAGGUCCGUCGCACCGUCCAGGACAUGAAGGAUCUGGGCUAUAAAGGUGUGAUUCUUGGAUAUGCCCGCGAGUCCAUCGCCAAGGUGGAGGAUAUCGAUCAGACCCAGUCUGCCGAGGCGAAACAGGAGGGUCUUGACCGCGCGGUGGAUGAAUGGAAACAGGGGACUCUACGCACGUUGAAGAUGCUGGGCGAGGGGAAUUAUCUGGCUGUGAAACUCACCGGGGCUGGUCCAGCGGCUGUGGAGGCACUCUCGCGCGGCGAUCUUACCCCCCCGCCGCGGAUCCAAGAGGCGAUGACAGAGAUAUGCGAUGCGGUUGCGGCGCAGGGGUCGCGGGUGUGGAUCGACGCCGAGCAGCAGAUCUUCCAGACGGCGAUUGAUGCGUGGGCGGUGGAUCUGAUGCGGAAGUACAAUCAGAACGAGGCCAAUGGCCCCGUGGUGCUGAACACGUACCAGGCGUAUCUGAAGUCCUCGACCGCCACGCUUAACACACACCUCCGUCUGGCCCAGAAAGAGGGCUGGGCGAUGGGCGUGAAGCUAGUGAGGGGGGCAUACAUUGCGCACGACCACCGGGACCGCAUUCACGACACCAAGGCCGAGACGGACCAGAACUACGACCAUAUCGUGGAGAGCCUGAUUACGCGACAGUAUCCGCUGGGUGGCCAGCCAGACCAGCCGUUUCCGACGGUCAGACUCUUUGUGGCGUCGCAUAACGGGGAGAGUGUGCGCAAGGCGUGUGCGUUGUUCCGACACCGGAUGGUUAAUGGGCUGCCGGCGAUUCCGGUGGAGGUGGGUCAGCUGCAGGGGAUGGCCGACGAGGUGAGUCUGGGGAUGGUGGGCGGUGCCGCGGAUGGGACGGUUCCCGGGGUUUUCAAGUGUCUGGCGUGGGGGUCGACGGAGGAAUGCUUGCAUUUCUUGUUGCGGAGGGCGGUCGAGAACCGGUCGGGGAUGCAGCGGACGAGGGACACGGCGCGGGCGUUGAGGGGAGAGGCGUGGCGGAGGUGGGCGGGGGAGAACUAGUUUGUUUAUUUGUUUCUGACUGCUGCGAUGUGAUGAUGGUCAUGAUUAUGAUUUGAUGAGGGACAAA